AUGCUUGAGAUAUCUGGUAUUGACCCCAACAAGGUUGAGAUUCAUGGCAAAGAGUUUCUCAAACUCGUCCGCGAAGCUCAUUGCAACUAUGAAGCCAUGAUGCAGCGAGAGGAAGACCGGCCUCAGGAUCCAAAUCACCAGAACAUUAUCGAGCUCAGUAGUGAUGACGAGUUUGACGACGGGAAUGAACUUGAUGAUCUCGAAGGAGACGAUGAAUCAGUGGAGGAACGAAGCCACUUCUUUCAGCCCUCACCUGACGUGAUUGCAUUGAACGCAAGGAUCUCUCAACUUGCGCCAGCUCCUCCUGCACGAGCACAGUCCUACGACGAUUCGAAGAGUCGUGGUGGUAGAAGUGGACGCGGUAACUCCCGAGGCCUAUGGAAGAAGAACAGAAAAGCGUCUGGUAGCACCAGUAAGGGCAAAGCUUCCGCGGGUGUUAUAAAGAGCAAAUCUACAAGCAGCAGAAGUAGUGGAAGCAGCUUCGGCGGUGGACCAGCCAAACGUGGUGGUUUCCGAGGAGGCUUAAAUGGUGGUGGGAUUGGUAUGAUGCCCAUAUGA